AUGGAUCACACGCGCGAUCCUUGUCCUUGGGUUGCCCUGAGCGACUUUGGCGGUGCCUUCGCCAUGGGUGCUAUUGGUGGCGCUGUCUGGCACGGUGUUAAGGGGUUCCGCAACAGUCCUUACGGCGAGCGCCGGAUAGGCGCGCUCACAGCAAUCAAGGCGCGCGCCCCCGUUCUCGGCGGUAACUUCGGCUGCUGGGGAGGUCUUUUCAGUAUCUACGACUGUUCAAUUAAGGGUAUCCGCAAGAAGGAAGAUCCCUAUAACGCUAUCAUUGCUGGUUUCUUUACCGGUGGCUCCCUUGCUAUCCGUGGUGGUUAUAAGGCCGCCCGCAACUCCGCUAUUAUGUGUGCCGUCUUCCUCGCUGUCAUCGAGGGUGUCGGUAUUGGUUUCCAGCGCAUGAUGGCCGAUAACACAAAGCUCGAGCUUCCUCCCCUUCCUCCGUCGGAGCAGAAGGCCCACGCUUGA